ACUGUCGACGAUGAGGCGACAGCAGUGUAGAUGAAGACCUGCUGAGUGGGCAGAACAAUGCCCAAGGGUGGGUGUUCUAAGACACCACAGCAAGACGACAUUCCUCUCAGCAACGACAUGGUGGAGAAACAGACAGGAAAAAAGGAUAAAGAUAAAGUUUCUCUAACCAAGACCCCAAAGCUAGACCGGAGCGAUGGCGGGAAGGAGGUGAGAGAGCGCACCACCAAGCGCAAGCUGCCCUUCACCGUCAGCGCCAAUGGAGAACAGAAGGACUCGGACACAGAGAAGCAGGGCCCCGAGCGGAAGAGGGUCAAGAAGGAGCCCGCCACACGCAAGGCUGGCCUGCUGUUCGGCAUGGGGCUGUCUGGGAUCCGAGCCGGCUACCCUCUCUCUGAGCGCCAGCAGGUGGCCCUCCUCAUGCAGAUGACUGCCGAGGAGUCUGCAAACAGCCCAGUAGACACAACACCAAAGCACCCCGCCCAGUCUGCAGUGUGUCAGAAGGGGACACCUAACUCUGCCUCAAAAACCAAAGAUAAAGUGAACAAGCGGAACGAGCGUGGAGAGACACGCCUGCACCGAGCUGCCAUCCGGGGGGACGCCCGGCGCAUCAAGGAGCUCAUCAGUGAGGGCGCCGAUGUCAACGUCAAGGACUUUGCAGGCUGGACGGCCCUGCAUGAAGCCUGUAACCGUGGCUACUAUGAUGUCGCCAAGCAGCUGCUCGCGGCCGGGGCCGAGGUGAACACCAAGGGCCUGGAUGAUGACACGCCGCUGCAUGACGCUGCCAACAAUGGGCACUACAAGGUGGUAAAGCUGUUGCUGCGCUAUGGCGGGAAUCCUCAGCAGAGCAACCGGAAAGGCGAGACACCACUCAAAGUCGCCAGCUCCCCAACCAUGGUGAACCUUCUUCUGGGCAAGGGCACGUACACGUCUAGCGAGGAGAGCUCCACUGAGAGCUCUGAGGAAGAAGAUGCCCCCUCAUUCGCACCCUCCAGCUCUGUUGACGGCAACAACACAGACUCUGAAUUUGAGAAGGGCCUAAAGCACAAGGCCAAGAACCCGGAGCCCCAGAAAACCAUGACCCCGGUGAAGGACGAGUAUGAGUUUGACGAGGAUGAUGAGCAGGACCGUGUCCCUCCUGUGGACGACAAGCACUUGUUGAAAAAGGACUACAGAAAAGAGACCAAGUCCAACAGUUUCAUUUCUAUCCCCAAAAUGGAAGUCAGAAGCUACACGAAAAACAACACGACUGCCCCAAAGAAAUCAGCACACCGCAUCUUGUCAGACACGUCGGACGAAGAGGAGGCGAGCGCCCCCAUGGGAGCAGGGGAGAAGCUGAGACUGUCCGCACACCCCAUGCUGCCCGGCAGUAAGACCCGCGAGGCUUCUAACUCCAAGCAGCAAAAGGAGAAAAGCAAAGUGAAGAAGAAGCGGAAGAAAGAAACGAAAGGCAAAGAAGUGCGGUUUGGGAAAAGGAACGACAAGUUCUGCUCCUCUGAGUCUGAGAGCGAGCCGCUGGGGAGCGACGACGAAGGCUCGGUCGGCAGCUCCGGCUGCACCAAGGGGUCCCCGCUGGUGCUCAAAGACCCCUCGUUGUUCAGCUCUCUCUCUGCCUCCUCCACCUCCUCGCACGGGAGCACCGCCUCCCAGAAGCACGCCGCCAACCACAAUGACCAGCACACCAAGCACUGGAGGACGGACAACUGGAAAACCAUCUCCUCCCCGACCUGGUCAGAGGUCAGCUCCUUGUCGGACUCCACCAGGACGCGGCUGACCAGUGAGUCGGACUCCUCUUCCGAGGCCUCCAGCCUUGAGUCCCUGAAGCCCAUCAGGAAGAAACGGGAGCACCGGAAGGGGGGCCUGCAGGGCGCGCUCCCCGAGAAGAAAGGUGUGUUCCACACCAGUGUGGAUGGCGUCAUCCCGAAGCUGGACAAAGAGGGGAAAGUGGUCAAGAAACACAAAACAAAACACAAACACAAAAACAAGGACAAAGGACAGUGCUCAGUUGGCCAGGAGCUGAGGCUCAAGAGUCUGACUUAUGAGUACGAGGACUCCAAGCAGAAGGUGGACAAGGCUGUCCUUCUCGACAGUGAUCUUCCCACGGAAAACAAGCUCAAGGCACUGAAGCACGACCGAGACCAUUUCAGAAAAGACGAGAAACUGAGCAAAAUGAAGUCAGAAGAAAAAGAAUGGUUAUUCAAAGAGGAGAUAAUCAAAGUCUCCAAAGAUGAGAAGUCACUUAAGAGACUCAAAGACUUGAGUAAAGACGUUGCCAAGUGUUUCCGUGACGAGAAGGAGCGCACCACCAAGCUGGAGAAGGACAGGCUGCUGAAGGAGAAGUCCCCAAAGGAGGAGAAAUUGCGGCUAUACAAGGAGGAGAGAAAAAGAAAGUCCAAAGACCGGCCAUCCAAGCUGGACAGGAAGGGCGACUCCAAGGAAGACAGGCUGUCCAAAGAGCGGGAGCGGGCUUUCAAAGACGACAAACUCAAAAAGGAAAGGGCACACCGGGAAGACUGUGCUUUUGACGAAUACUGUAACAAGCACCAGUUCCUGGACAGUGAGGACACCAAGCUCAGCCUCUCUGACGACCAGCAGGAGCGCUGGUUCUCUGACAUGUCUGACUCGUCCUUUGACUUCAAAGAGGAGGACAGCUGGGACUCUCCGGUCCCCGACUACCGGGACCUGAAGAGCGACUCUGUGGCCAAGCUCAUCCUGGAGACGGUGCGUGAGGACGUGAAGGAGAAGAGGCGCGACAGCAAGGGCCGGGAGAAGAGGGAGCACAGCGAGCGGCGCGGGGACAGAGACGCUGUCUUCAGGAAGAGAGACAGGGACUACCUAGACAAAAACCCUGAGAAGAGAAAAGACCUGACAGAGAAGCAUAAGAAUGUCCCCGCCUACCUGACAGACAAGGACAAGAAGAGGAAAGAGCCAGCAGACAGCAUCCGAGAGCGCAAGGACAAGGACCUGGGGGACGUCUGCAGGGACAGAAAGGACUCCUUCGAGAGUGCCAAGGAGAGGAAGGACGGCCGCAUGAAGCCGGAGGAGGCCUACAGAGAGGACCUCAAGGACUUCAGCACUGACAGCUUUUUCAAGGACAAGUCCGACUCUGACUUUGUGAAAAGUCUAGAGUCUUGGGAGAGGCAUCACUCAGUGAAAGACAGAGACAAGAAGGACAGUGUCGACAGAGAGAAGCGAGAGAAAGGAAAACCAGACAGAUACAAAGAGAAGUCCAGUGACAAAGACAAGAAUGAAAAAUCCGUCCUCGAAAAGACUCAGAAAGACAAGGAAUUUGAUAAAUGUUUUAAGGAGAAAAAAGAGACUAAGGAAAAACAUAAAGAUAUGCUGCAUAAUAAAGACAAAGAAAGAAAAACUUCUCUUGAUCAAGUUAAAGAAAAAAAGGAAAAAACUUACCCUGGGAUUCUCUCCGAAGACUUCUCUGAAAAAAAAGAUGACAAGAAGGGUAAGGAGAAGAGCUGGUACAUUGCCGACAUAUUCACAGAUGAAAGUGAAGACGACAAAGAUGAGUACACCAGCAGUGGAUUCAAACUGGGUGAGGCCGGAGAGACGCAGCGGACAGAGUGCCCGCAGGACCGGGACGAGGGCAAGGACCCCUACCCCGCAGACAAGCACCGCAAGUGCUCCUCCGACAAGCAGAAGGAGCCCAAAGACAAGAAAAAGGACAGAGGGGCCACUGAGGGGGGCAAGGACAGAAAAGACCGACUCUUCGAAAAGCACAAAGACAAGAAGGACAAGGAGUCCACAGAGAAGUACAAGGACAGGAAGGACAGGACCUCAGUGGACUCCACCCAGGAAAAGAAGAGCAAGCAGAAGGUCCCCGAGAAGGCUGAGAGGAAGCACUCAGCAGAGGACAAGGCCAAGAGCCGCCACCGAGACAAGUGUGACAAGGAACACUCCAAGGAGCGGAAGUCUUCCAAGGGGGCCGACGUGGAGAAGAGCUUACUGGAGAAGCUGGAGGAGGCCGCUCUCCAUGAGUUCCGGGAAGACUCCAACGACAAGAUCAGUGAGAUCUCCUCCGACAGCUUCGCCGACCGCGGCCAGGAGCCUGGGCCCGCUGCGCUGCUCGAGGUGACCUUCACAGAGCCCCCUGAGGACAAGGCCCGUGAGAGCACCUGCCUGCAGGACAAGCUCAAGGAGAGGCACCGGCACUCCUCGUCCUCCUCCAAGAAGAGCCACGACCGAGAGAAGGGCAGGAAGGAAAAGGCAGAGAAGAAGGAGCGGGCCGAGGACUACAAGGAAUGUGGCCGGAAGGACUCCAGCCAGUACGACAAGGACUUCCUGGAUGGGGAGCCCUUCGGCCUUCCCUACAGCACGAAAGCCGACGUGGACGACGAGCUGGAGAAAACAAUUGAACUGUUUGCGACCGAAAAGAAGGAGAAAAUGGAUUCUGAAAGAGAGCCUUCCAAGAAGAUAGAGAAAGAGUUGAAACCUUACGGGUCCAGUGCCAUCAGCAUCCUGAAAGAGAAGAAGAAGCGGGAGCGGCACAGGGACAAGUGGCGAGAGGACAAGGAGAAGCACCGAGACCGGCACCCGGAUGGCCUCCUCCGGCACCACAAGGACCCCCUCCCGAACCUCAGCCUCAAGGACAAGGCCAAAGAGGAGAACCUGAAGCUCGGGGAGGCCAAGGCCAAGGAGAAGUUCAAGGAGAGCCAGGAGAAGGGCGACUCAGCCAAGGUCAGCAAUGGGAACGAGAAGCUGCCCCCGUCCCGGGACCCCGGGCGAAAAGAGCCUCGCCCUCGAGAGAAGCUGCUGGUGGACGGAGACCUGAUGAUGACGAGCUUCGAGCGCAUGCUCUCCCAGAAGGACCUGGAGAUCGAGGAGCGCCACAAGAGGCACAAGGAGCGCAUGAAGCAGAUGGAGAAGCUGCGGCACAGGUCCGGGGACCCGAAGCUCAAGGACAAGGCCAAGUCGGCAGAGGACGUGCGGAAGAAGAGCCUGGAGCUCCCAGCCAGGAAGCCGCUGGGGGUGGACGCACAGCUCCGAGACAAGAAGCCCAAGGAGGCGCUGGCACCCACCCUGCCCACCACUGACAGCAAGGGACCCCCGGGAGCAGGCUCAGAGCCCAAGGACUGGCUGGCAGGGCCCCAGAUCAAGGAGGUCUUGCCCGCCUCUCCCAGGCCCGACCAGAACCGGCCCACCGGGGUACCCACGCCCACGUCGGUGGUCUCGUGCCCCAGCUAUGAGGAGGUGAUGCAUACACCCCGCACCCCAUCCUGCAGCGCCGACGACUUCUCUGAGCUCAUGUUCGAGUGCAGCGACUCACAACACGCUGCACCAGCCACCACGCCCGCCACCGCCUGCUCUCCCUCCUUCUUCGACCGCUUCUCGGCCGCCCUGAGUGGCCUCCCCGAGAACCCCAGCCAGACCCCCACUCGGACUCUGUCUACCAGCCUCUACCGCUCUGUGUCUGUGGACACACGCAGGACAUCCGAGGAGGAGUUUGGUGUAGGGGACAAGCUAUUCAGGCAGCAGAGCGUCCCGGCCACUGGCAGCUACAGCUCCCCAACCCGACACCUCCUGGACGACAAGGCCCCCCCGGCCCCAGAAAAGUUCCCCUGCUUGUCCCCAGGGUACUACUCCCCAGACUAUGGGGUCUCCUCCCCAAAAGCAGAAGCGUUGCACUGCGCACCCACAGCCACUGUCAGUGCCACGCCAUCCCCAGAAGGGGUCUUCUCGAGUUUACAAGCCAAGUCCUCGCCUUCCCGCAGGGACGAACUCGCGGCCCCUUCACUGGAGGGUGCCCUCCCCCCCGACCUGGGCCUCCCUCUGGACGCCACAGAGGACCAGCAGGCCACAGCCGCCAUCAUCCCCCCGGAGCCCAGCUACCUGGAGCCCACCGACGAGGGCCCAUUCAACACCGUCAUCACCGAGGAGGAUGCGGGCGAGUGGGCUCACCCUGCUGCCCCCGAGCAGCCCCUUCCUUCCAACCUCGUUGGGGGUGUCCCCGAGAACUCCAGCUGGCCCCCUGUGGGGGCAGACUUGCUGCUCAAGUCCCCACAGAGAUUCCCAGAGUCCCCCAAACAUUUCUGUCCCUCAGACACCCUGCACCCUGCUGUCCCCGUGCCCUCAUGCCCAGCCUCUCCACUCUCGUACUCACUGCCAGUCCCUGAGCCAGGGCUGGGUGAGGCUAAGGAGGAUGUGGUGGAGGCAGGGCCCGUGGGGGUCUCCUCCUCAGAGGAACCAGCCCCAUACACCCCUCCCACUCGGCUGCCGGCCACCUUCUUCACCUGCAAGCCCCUUGUGGAGGUGGCGGGCGACACAGCCACCGAGCCCACGUGUGUGGCCACCACACAGGUGGAAGCCCUGGGGCCCCUAGACGGUCAGUACCUGGAGGCCCAGGAGGAGCCUGUGCCCUGGCCAGAUCCCUUCACAAACCCUGAAGAUGACCUGGACCUGGGGCCCUUCUCCCUGCCAGAACUCCCACUACAGGCGAAAGAUGUGUCGGACGUGGAGACAGGGCCCGUGGAUGAGGGGCCUCCUGUCCCCCAAGAGCAAGCAGCUCCAGGGGCCCCUACGCUCGGGAGCAGCGGGGACUGUGUCACAGUGGCCACUGAGGACUCAACACCCCCUGACCAGGCAUCCACACAGCUCGCCGACCCCACCCCUACAGAGGAGCCCACAGGGCCAGCGGCUUUAGAUGCUGUGGUGCCGGCAGUGGGCACGUCGGAAGAGAGCUUCCCAGAGGACCUGCACCCUGUCCCCUCAACAGUGCCGGUCCCCAAGGAGCUCCCUGCAGCUGAGUGUGGGGCCGAGGAGCCAGAGGCCACAGGUCCCCCAGCAGCACCCCAUUCUGCCCCUGUAAGUCCCCCGACUGAUACCUCUGAUGGGGCCAGCCUUGCUGAUGGUGUUGGCCAUGCUGCAGCCCAUGCAGAGGCUGCCCCAGGUGGCAUCCACUCAGAACCCGCAGACCCGGCUCCCAAGGCACCGACAGAGGCCCCGAAACCACCCCGGGUGGAGGAGAUCCCUCAGCGUAUCACCAGGAACCGGGCACAGAUGCUGGCCAACCAGAGUAAGCAGAGCACGCCACCCCCUGAUAAGGAGCUCCCACCUGCUGCCCCGGCCACCAGGGCCAAGGGCCGGGUCCCCGAGGAUGAGGAUGCCCAGGCCCAGCACCCCCGCAAGCGUCGCUUCCAGCGCUCCAGCCAACAGCUGCAGCAGAUGAACACUUCGACACAGCAGACACGCGAGAUGAUCCAGCAGACACUGGCUGCCAUCGUGGACGCCAUCAAGCUGGACGCGAUCGAGCCCUACCACAGCGAUAGGGCCAACCCCUACUUCGAGUACCUGCAGAUCCGCAAGAAGAUCGAGGAGAAGCGCAAGAUCCUCUGCUACAUCACGCCGCAGGCGCCCCAGUGCUAUGCUGAGUAUGUCACCUACACCGGCUCCUACCUCCUGGAUGGCAAGCCCCUCAGCAAGCUGCACAUCCCAGUGAUUGCGCCCCCUCCAUCUCUGGCAGAACCCCUCAAGGAGCUGUUCAAGCAGCAGGAGGCCGUGAGGGGGAAGCUCCGCCUGCAGCACAGCAUUGAGCGGGAAAAGCUGAUCGUGUCCUGUGAGCAGGAGAUUCUGCGUGUGCACUGCCGGGCAGCCAGGACCAUCGCAAACCAGGCUGUGCCCUUCAGCGCCUGUACCAUGCUGCUGGACUCAGAGGUCUACAACAUGCCCCUGGAGAGCCAGGGUGAUGAGAACAAGUCCGUGCGAGAUCGCUUCAAUGCAAGACAGUUCAUCUCCUGGCUGCAGGACGUGGAUGACAAAUAUGACCGCAUGAAGACCUGUCUGCUGAUGCGGCAGCAGCAUGAGGCAGCUGCGCUCAACGCCGUCCAGAGGAUGGAGUGGCAGCUGAAGGUGCAGGAGCUGGACCCUGCAGGGCACAAAUCCCUGUGCGUCAAUGAGGUGCCCUCCUUCUACGUGCCCAUGGUUGAUGUCAACGACGACUUUGUGCUGCUGCCGGCAUGA